AUGAGCAGACGUAUCAACAAGGGCGGGGCUCAGGAGAGCCCAGGGGGCCCAUGGGACGAGGAAUGGCACAGCGGGAGGGAUGGGGCCCCAAGGGAUGGCGCUAGACGGACUGUACUUGUUAUGGGUUCGAGUGCCCGCAGGGGCGGUACACUGGACUCCCCUGGGCCUGGAGGAUUUGUUCCUAGACCGGCUGGUAGCUCCCCCAUACUCAAUCCGCGCAAGGGCCCUCCUCCAGAUUCAGAAGUGCACGCGGGUGCAAGCUCGGGGGGUGUACGGAAGCUCCCUUUCAUGGCUCUUAGCGACAUCAUUAGGCAGCAACACCGAAAGGAAAAAGUGAGUUAUAUCUAUGCAUAUGUGUGUAUGGAGGGGCGGCACAGGAGGCUUCAAUACGUGGGCAUACUAUUGGUGCACAUCCUGCUUGGGUGUUUUUCACCAGCAGCUUUUUCUGUCGUGAGUGCUGCAUUUCCUGGACUUGCGGCGGUUUGCGCCGCUCAAGUAGCGGAUGGAGCGGCAGCGGCAGUGAUCACAGGCAUGUGUGAUGCACAGCGGUUGGUUGGGUGCUGUAUUUGUUCUUUGAGAGUUUUAUUGGGGGGCGGGGGGUGGGGCCCCUGGGCACAGUGCGUGUCCUAUCGUGGUGCUCCUGUGUGCAAACGUGUGUGGCCUCAGCUGCUGCAGCCGCAAGACAGUUCCUCCUCGCCAACGAGACAACAUCAGCAGCAGAAUCAGAAUCAGACACAGCAGGGGUUGGCUCGGAAUGCUCUCUUCGGGUCCGAGAGGGCCCCCCUCCGGGUAAUCCCUUCAGGGGCCCCCGCUGGAGAGCACCGGCGCGUGCGGGAGGUCAGUGGCGGCCCCCAAGACGCUCGCGAAGGCGGCGUGCAAAGAGUCAGUAGAGUGUCUCCCGAGAGUCGUCAGUAUCCUGUUCAUGUCUCUCGCACGCCGCACCUGAGGGAGAGGCCCUCUCGCUCUCCUGGGGCCCCCAGAGGGCCCUCCCACGAGCACGCAAGUGAGGGGGGCCCCCGGCACCACAGUAGAGGCCCCGAUGGUUAUGUGGCCACCUCCAGGGGAUCCGCGCACCGGAAGAGGGUUCCCCCCGCCACUAUGGAGGGCCCCAUGACAGACGCAGCAGACGCAGGCGGAUCGACAGCAGGGAUUCCUUCGGAGAAGGGGGCCCCUCAAGACGAAGGGACUCCUUCCCAGAGCCUUGUAGUCCUCCUCGACACCAGCGGGGGGACUGGGGCGGCCCUCAUGCGGAGGGCACCCACAGGGCCCCUCCACGCUAUAGGUCUCCCUCCCCGCGAUCGCCCUCUCCCUUCUAUCGCGAGCCUCGCAGAGUGCACCAUGGCCCCUCCAGGGAGGCUCCAGGGGGGCCCUCGGGGCCCCCCUGGGGGCCCAGGGAUUCCAGCUCUCCCAGGGAAAGGUGGGGGAGGCACCGGGAUGCCCACUCUUCCUCGCGGAGGCUCUCGCGCAGCAGCAGCAAGGUCUACAGUAGGAGGCGUCGUCACAGUAGCAGUGGAAGCAGUAGGCGGAGCAGCAAGCAGCGGGAGCUCCAAAGAAGUGGGGGGCCCCAACGAGGAGAGAGAGCGCUGGAAACACCGCAGAGAAGAGCUGCAGCGCAGGCUGCGGGGGGCCACCAACGGAUCAGCCCCUGCUCCCGCUGCAGCAACUGCAGAGAGGGCCCCAGCAACAGCGGGCGGAGUGGGAUCCGCGAGUACGGCGUCAGCGGACUGGCAGCAACAGCAACACCAGCAACAGCACCAGCAGCAGCAGCACGCAGCGGGGUAUGGGUGGGGGCCCCCUGGGACGUGCACCCCACAGAUGAUGCAGCAGCACCCACACCUAAUGGCCCCUGAGGGCUUUUACAGCGCCCAAGGGCCCACAUUAAGGGGUAAGAGGAGGGGCUGUGACCAGGAGGGGCCCCCUGCAGGCACCUACGCGCUGCAGGGGGCGCAUCCCUUCCCGCCUCAGGGAGUGCCUCACUAUCCUCCUCCCGGGAUGUCGCCUGCUUGCUGGCAGCAAGAGCAGCAGCAGCAGCAGCGACAGUACGGCGGUUGCAUGUGGCGGGGCCCCAGGGAUGAAGGCUUCAUGCCUGCGCCGUGGCCUCAGGUGGGGCCAUACGGCGGGCCGAGGGGCCCCCCUGAUGAGUACUCGCAGCAUCACCCCCAGCAGCAGCUGCAGCAGCAAUACCAACAGCAGCAACCGCAGGGAGAGGCCGCUCCCAGCGGUGGGGGAGGCCCUGCCCCCCUGCACAAGACUGUGAGGAGUGGUGUAUCUGCAGUGCCUCCUCAGGGGGGAAGCGCAGUUGGAAGCAGUACCUCGGGGGCUUCCUCGGGAUCCUCUGGAGGCGGCCCUCCUCCACGAGCGUGCAAAGAGUUCCUUCUGGGAGGCCGUUGCUCCAGAGGCCCCGCAUGCGAGGAUCUGCACAUUCCACCCCAGGAGUACCAUAAAUUCAACCCCCAUACACUCAUGCUGCUGGGUUCAUUCCUCUCCGAGGCUCCCGAGCUGCGGCGGCGCUUCGCCGCCGAUGCACCCCUUAAACAGCAGAAUCAGCAGCAGAUUCAGCAGCAGCAACAACUGUAUGACCAGCAGCAACAGAGGGCCCCACAGAGACCGUUUGGGGGCCCCACAUUCCGGGGGCCCCACUGCGCGUCAGGGCCCCCCAUGGGGCCCCCGUACGCAAGCCCGCCGCUGGGAGGGGGCCCCGAUAUGCAAGCGUAUCCCCAGGUGUAUGGAUCUCCUCCGGGAGGGCCCCGAAGUCACCCCUUCGGAGUCCUUGAGGGGGGCUAUGGACCUCCUGGAGGCCCCAGGGGAAGGCGGCCAGGAGGUCCAGGGGGCCCCCAUCCAGAGGGGCCCCCUCCCUUCAUAUUGCGCACCCCAAGGCCCAUGCAGGGCCCCCCGUUACAGGGGCCCUCAGGAGACGUCCCAAAGCCACCGCCUCCAGAGCCUCCCAGAGGAAUUUGUGCACCGUGGUAUCCAGGGGGCCCCCCUCCGCCACCCUUCCGGCAUCCCGCGAUGGGGCUUCCAGGGGUCCCAGGUGCUCUCAUGCUAGGCGCUGUACCCCCUAAGAAGCGGAAGUCCUCGGCGAGUAAGGCGAAGGCCAAGAAGCAGAGGAAGCAGCAGCAGCUGUUGCUGCAGCAGCAGCAAGGGGCUGGGGAGGGGGUCUCAUCAGGCCCUAGCAAAGAGGCCUCUGCAGGGGCCGCCGGAGGGGCAGGUCCUCCCCAGCAGCACCAGCAUCAAGCACCGGAGGAAGUUGAUGCUGAGCAGCAACACCAAGAGGGGGACGAAGACGAGGGUGCUGCUGGUGGGGGAUGGGAACGAACAACCGAGCAGGAGACCGUCCUGAUGGAAUACUUUAAUUCAAAGGCCCCGGAGUUCCUUGCCUCCGAUGCCUACCUUGAGGGAUGGAGCAAGCGGGAUCUUAUCGAGUACUUUUACGACCAGUACCUACAGCAGGACAUGACGGCUGCUGAGGCCCUUGCUUCCGCUACCUCGUACGUCGAAAAUCCAGAGGCUUAUGGCUUGGUGGGAGGAGCCCCUCCAGAGGACGAAGCGCCAGCAGAACGCAAAACAACUAUAAUCGAUGCAGACCCAUUCUACAGAGUUGACUUGGCGCCAACGAUAAAAACAAAGGCCACUUCAACGUUCGGUGUAGGGGACUGA